AUGUCCAAAAGUUUUCGAGACGAUUAUAACUUUUAUCCUAAGACGUGGUAUUUACCAUCAGAUUACAAAAAAUUUAAAGCUUACGUGAAUCAACAUGAAAGUGCAGCAUAUAUUUUAAAACCAACAACAGGAGGUCAAGGAACCGGAAAAUACAUAACGAAAUCUCCGGAAAAAAUUAAUCAAUAUAAGCAGAGGAUUUGUCAGAUUUAUAUUUCCAAAAGAUUAGCAACGGAACUAUAUGAAACGCCUGAGCACUAUAAUAUUGCCGAUCAGUUUAUGCACCUAACCAAUUACUCGAUAAACAGAUACAAUAAAAAGUACAUCGAUAACGAACUUUUUGGAAGUAAACGUCGAUUUACAGCACUCAAUGAUUGGCUCCGUUCAGAAGGCUAUGACGUGAAAAAAAUAUGGAACGAAAUUGAUGACAUCAUCAUUAAAACCAUGAUUUUGGCCUAUCCGUUUGUCAACCACUGCUAUCAGAUGUGUUUCUCCGGUCAUAAAUACACUCCACCAUGCUUCGAGAUACUUGGAUUUUACAUAAUUUUGAAUGAAAACUGCAAACCGUAUCUAAUGGAAGUCAAAUUUAUAUAUAAUAUUGUUACAUAAUUGAUGUGUAAUUUUUUUUAACAUCCAAACGUAUAUUGUGUUUAGGUUAAUCGUUCACCAGACUUUCACACAAACACGUCAAUCGACAAAAUAGUGAAACGAGAGCUGUUGACUGAUACGUUCAAGCUUUUGCAGUUGGACAAAACUCUAAAAAAAUUCGCUUAUGGAGAGGAUAAAUGGAAAUAACAACAACAAAUCAUUAAGGCCGAUAAAAACAUUUAGUAUGUUUUAUUACCAACAUAGGCACGUCUCACCAGCCCGCACCCCAUAUGGAAUAUUGAAAGUUUUUUUAACUUGUUACCUUUUGUACACCAUUUGUAUGAAUUUGCAUGAAUAUUUUCCACAUUUAUAUGCUUAUAAUA